GAUAAUUCGCGCACAGCGAGAAUUUUACGGAAACACGUUGCACUGAAAAUUGGUGUCUUGUUUAUCUCUGGUCUUUGACUCUAUGCUCAGUAUACGUUUGUAUGGGAAAAAGCGUACACUAAUUACAUUCUAGCUGCUACCCCUUAGUCUUAGAAGAUUCAGCCAGAUUUUGAGAUGGUAGGGUUACGUCAUACAUACGUCACAAUCCUGGGUGUGAUACUCAUCGCCUAUGGCAUCAUACUUAACAUGCUUGGUGCUAUUGCAUCAUUUCUACAUCCGGGUUCUUAUCAUCAUGGUGCAAUGGGAACCCCUAUGUGGGUUGGUCUAGCGUUCAUCAUAUUUGGAGCUGUAAAUGCUGUAAAAGGGCUGGACAGAAAUAAAAAAAAGCGCGGUAUUUCACUGGUUCUACCUCUAACCAACUUUCUAACCAUGAUAGUAUCAUCUCUGUGUAUUGCUUUGACGUCAUGGUCGAUGUCAGCACAGGGUAUAGCCAUCAUUCCCAAGCACCCGGUCACUGAGUUCAGUGUGACGUCACAGCAGAACACUACGAAUGGUGAUGAUGAUAGGGUAUCUGACCUUCAGCUGUCAUUGAUACCAAUCUACUCCACCAUUAUCUCAUCAUGCAUUAUCAUCAUUCUCAUGGCAUUCAUCAGUUUGUGUAUAGACUGUAUAGGUAUCAUAAUCCGGGCGAGACCAGCUAUUGCAGCUGAAGUGCAUCAUGGGAAGGGAUUUGAUGAGAGGGAUGAAACAGGAAAAUCAUACCCCGUCGUUGAAGAUGAAACAGCACCUCAAUAUCACCAUGGCAAUGCAAUAGGUGAGGUAAUGUAUGGUAAUACGCCUCCCGUGCAGUCCAUACAAGUUGUGAAAACCAUCGAAAGACCACGAUUCCAUCAUCACAUGGAGCCUAUUGAAGAUAACCAUCGAGGUGCGCUUCAAUACCACGCCCAUCAUAAUCAACAUGACGAUGCCCACCAACCAGGUCACGCCUAUCAACCAGGCCACACCCAUCAAUCAGGCCACACCCACCGAACGGGCUAUGGACAAUCUAAGAGCAGGCACACCACCACGCAUCAACCCGAACCAAAUGAGAGAGAUCACAGGGUCAAGAAAUAUCCAAUACAGCCCAACUCAGCACCAGACCUGCGAGAAACAGAGAGGGCGGCAGAGCGACGUCCUAACCCAUACUUCUAUUUGUGAGUUAAGACGAGAUUAGAAACAGAGGGCAGCAGAGCGACGUCCUGACCCAUACUUCUAUUUAUGAGUUAAGACGAGAUGAGUCCUUUCCAUCUUCUGGUUAAUAGUCCGGGUGGUCAUCCUAUAUUUAUGCGCACAACAGACGCCUAUCCCCUGGACAACUACUACCAGGUAUUAUGGACAACAGACAUCUAUACUACACAACAGACAUCUUUUCCCUGGAUAACUAAUACAAGGACAACUAUCAUCUAGGAAGGUUACCACCCCCCCCCCCCCCUCCCCCGACAAACUGCCUCUGGACUCCUAAACGCCUUCAUGCAGAAUACCCCAAUUAACCAUCAGUCAGUGCUAAUCUUAAGGGGGAAUUUGUCCCAGGGAUAGUUAUCCACAGGAUAGUUGUCCCGAGGUAUUGUCUUGGGGGAGCAAUUGCUGGUGGUAGUAGUUCGGGAUACUUCUACAGUUUAUUCUAGAUGGGUAAAAUGCAGGCCCUUCAGGACACCGGGAAGACUGGCCCUUUUCUAAAUGGUUAUUAUUAUUUUGUUGUUUGGGCUGAAUUUUAGAUGAUUGUGUCUCCUUCAUGCGUGUUAGAGGAGAGGCUCAUAAUUAUACAAUUCACCUGUGAAUGGAGAAAAGGUAUCUACUUCGGUACUCUAUGGCAAGUACACAAUGGUAUUGAAACUGCCCCGAGAUGAUUUUGCAAAAGUAUUAGCGAUCGUCGUACCUCUCUUUUCAAGAGCUUCUUACGGUUCUGCAUUAUUAUAAUUAUAUGCAUGUUAAUAUUGUAACAGGAAGGUAAUGGAUGGAAGGAGGUCACAAAUAGUUGUAAAGUGGUACAAAAAUAAUAUAUAUGUAUGGUUAAUACUUUUGUAUAUUUCUCUUUCAUCUUGUUUGUGUUUACUAGCGAGACUUUUUGUAGGGGGGAUCGUCCCCCCCCCCCCGGAAGAUUUGAAAAAGUGCAUUAAAAAAAAG